AUGAAAGUGUUAGAAGACACUUUCAGCAUUGAUCCCUCUUUUCUGUAUCUGCAGGUCAUCACCCAUCCACUCUACAACAGGGCGACCUUCAACAAUGACAUUGCUCUGCUGAAACUGUCGUCUCCAGUCACACUGACUCCCCGUAUCUCUCCUGUAUGUCUGGCUCCAUCAACCCUCAGCAUCCUGCCUGGAACCCGCUGCUUCACCACUGGCUGGGGUAGAACUGCCACUACAACGAGCCCACUGAUCCUACAGCAGACAGGUGUACCCAUCAUAAGUCCUACUUUGUGCAAGCAGAUCUGGGGUCAGAACACUAUCACUGAUGCUAUGAUCUGUGCUGGAGCCUCUGGUUCCUCAUCUUGCCAGGGUGAUUCUGGUGUUCCUCUGGUGUGUGAGCGUUCAGGGGUCUGGUCUCUGGUGGGCUCGGUGUCCGCAGGAACAAGCAAUUGUGACACCCGUUUCCCUGGGAUCUACGCCCGCAUCUCCCCACUGCGCUCCUGGAUCGACAGGACUAUCGCUUCCAACUAG